CGUCAAUCCGGGCUCCGUCGUAAAGCCAGUUUAGCAGCCGAAAGGUACCAAGAUGGCGGAGGCUUCCUUUGGAAGUACAAGCCCAGUUGGCUCUUUGUCAUCGGAUGAUCAUGAUUUUGACCCGACGGCUGAGAUGCUGGUGCACGAUUAUGAUGAUGAGCAGACGUUAGAGGAAGAGGAGAUGAGGGAAUCGGAUUCAAACGAAGGCUCAGAAAUCGCAGAUCUGGAGAAGGAGGGGAACAUGCCGUUGGAGGAGUUGUUGGCUUUGUACAGAUAUGAAGCGGUGGACAGUGCUCUCGGGGGGUCGAGUGCGGACAGUUCCUCCGUCGAGCUGACCGACGAGCUGCCAGACAUGACGUUAGAUAAAGAGGAGAUUGCUAAAGAUCUUCUUUCUGGAGAUGAUGAAGAAACUCAGUCUUCUGCUGAUGACCUCACACCGUCCGUAACAUCACACGAAACCAACGAUUUCUUCCCCAGAACUCUUCGCUCUAACGCCGUUUAUGAUGGCGACAAAGAAUCUGAAGGUGAAGAUGACGGUUUAAACCCUGAAGACUCUCGCAAGGAAAUCAUGGUGGGAUCUAAUUAUCAAGCAGAAAUUCCUCCUCUUGCCUGUUAUAAUGAGCAGGAUAAAGUUUACGCAGAUGAAGAUCAACUGCUGUGGCAGCCAGAUGUGUUGCCUGAGUCUAAAGUCAAGAGUUUCCUGCUAGAUGCUGCUGUAGGUGUGGACGGAAAGACGGAGGCUAAUGUUGAUUGUUCUCUUGUCAAAGACAAUGAGCAGGCUUUGUAUGAGCUUUUGAAGUGCAACUACAACGUCCAGGAAGCUCUUGAACGAUAUCGCAAGAAUGAAAAAUCUUCAAAGGGUGAAAUGCUUCCAUGGUCUGAAGAAGAAUGCAGGAAUUUUGAGCAUGCUCUUCUGUUAUACGAGAAGAACUUCCAUCUCAUCCAGAAACACAAAGUCACCACGAGGACGGUGGCCGAGUGUGUCGCAUUUUACUACAUGUGGAAGAAGUCCGAACGAUUUGACUUUUUCGUCCAGCAAAACCGAUUUGGGAAAAAGAAAUACAGCAGCUAUCCUGGCGUAACGGACCUGAUGGACCGGCUGGUGGAUGAAGCUGAAGGUUUGGUGGAUGGGUCGGGAUCUGUUUGUUCUUCUGGUAGUGGCAGGACAGAGCCAGCAACUGAGCAACAGCUGAAUAUCCUGAACUCCAUCACAGCCAGUGACCUCUCCGCGUUGACAAGUACCGUGGCCUCGGUGUGUAACCCAGCAGAUGUCGGCUGUCUGGACUCCUAUAACUUCUCGACGCUGGACGGGCUGCACCGUGGAUCCCUGAGCCACGAAGAGCCGCUCAACUAUUCCAGCAACGGAGACGGCGACUGCCUCAACCUGCUGGAGACCGGUUUCUAUCACUCGGACCUCAGCCAGAUCAACGUGUGCGGAGAUGACUGCGAACGGCCGCCGGCCAAGCGGCUGAAGAUGGGUCUUUCUGAACCGUACCUAAACGACGUGUCGGUGAGCAACAGAAACAUGGACUUUGAGAGUCGCGCGCGUCACAUCACCAGUGCCAAAAUGGCAGUUUCGGUCACAGACUUUGGCGGUUUGUCGGCCAGCGAGGCCGGCGGGUACAUGGGCGCGCACACACUACAUCAGCACACGGCGCUGCAGACAGAGUAACGACUCGCAUACGCGCCGCCUCACGGGACGAUCUGCAAUCAAACGUGUACAUAGCCACUUCCUGGAAAUUCCUUUCAUUUUUUUUGUUUUCUGAUUAUAUAUGUGUGUGUAUAUAUGUACAGAUGUAUUCUUAGAUUCUUUUUUUACUAUGACAUCAGUGAUGUCUUAUUGUACAGACUUAAAUCUUGAUUUCUCAAGAGUUAAUACAGCCAUUUAUUUCCAGUCUUGAAUUUUGGAAGUGUCAUAACGUGUCUACGUCCGAAUACUGUGGAGAACUAAACUUUGGCAGACGAUGAUUGGCCGUCUGUUCUGUGGUACGUAUCAGUGUUUACAGGCGUUUGUACCUGGUCCUCGUGUCAGGCUCUGGGAAUCUACCGUCUGAACGCCAUUUACUCUACGACCACUCUUGAUCGAGCCAGCUUUGUUGUUUUUUUAGCAUCAAGACUCUGGUUAGGGUUAUGAAAUCAUUUAAGUUCAUCGAAAUAUUUUCAUGUUUAUGGGAGAUUUUAUUUUGAAAGAAUAUCUUGAAUUGAAGAAUAUACUGCAAACAAUUAGCACAGAUUUGUAAGCCGUGGUUCUAGCAAACAUGCAAUUACAAAUGACCUGCUAGAUAUUAUGUCAUAUACUCUUUCUAUUAUUUAUUCGUGUUCUUUAUAUGCUUAUGUAAUUUUGCUUUAUCAGACGGUGGUUUAUAGUAAAUAAGUGUAUUUAUUGCAUCGAAGACCAUUGGACUGCAUUGUGGACAGUCAGAGAAGAUUGAAACUCCCCAAAAUGCUUGUGAAAUGACUGGCACAUGUUGUUUUGUUAUUGCUAUUUAUUUAAUUUUGUUUGCAGGGAUAUCCUACACGUAUCAUAGGUUGCGGAUCAGAAUCUACCACAGUUUAUGUCUGUUCCCAUUUGUAACCAAUUAUGCAAUGUUGUAAAUGAUUUUUUGCUUUAAAGACCUUCACAAAGGCCUGCAAGCACUGACCCAACCUGAUCUAUGCAUCUCAAAUCUCUGUAUAUAAUCUCGGACUACGUUGAUGUUUCCUAUGUGGAUGUCUUGGAAAAUAAGUUACAUCAUGAACAGAUUAAAUCGAUGUAUUUUGUCUGUUUAAAAACUUAAAAGUUUGAUUUCCCAUUCAUUUCACAACUUCGCUCUCGUAUGGCAAUAAUUUGUAAAUAUGUACAGGUACCGACAUACCUUCCUGUUUUUCUUCCUUGGCCAACAGACUUGUCUGUAUGUACGCCACAAGAAUGCCUUUUUUACUUUCCUUCGGCUGACUUUAUUCUUCAUAAGAGAUUUGUUUAAGAAGAGAGUUAUUUAUUUAUUUAUUCACUCGACUGCAAGCGGGUGGAGUGUGUUAGCUUUCUGUAUACAAGUGAAGUCAAAUGUCCUCGUCCAAGGAUGUGAGGUCUCUCGCCUGGUCCGAACACAAGCGUUGCUAUGCCGUGCGUGGAGAUACAUCCCAGAAGUAGAGCAGUUUGUUGAAUGUACAGUAUUAUUGCAGCUUAGGGAUUUACUGAAGUCGUUCAAUGAUGAAUGUUUUCCAGUUAAUGUGCAGCGUUGCCUUAACGCUCAUUUACAAACCUGCAUGUUGCAUCUACCAGGAAAACACUCACAAAUUGUCCUUUCUCUGGUCGUGUGUUCGGUUUUAAGUUGCAGACAAUGGUGAUUGGCUUGUGCUAUGUCUGUAAAAUUGUGUUUCCUUGUAUCUUCUGGCCAGAAUUUUUUUUUUUUGUCUUUACAUACUUGAAGGAUGUGUAUUGAUACUUAAAUACAUUAAUAUUCUCUAAUUAAGUCACGUAGGUUGUGCAAUUACUUUCUUCUGUCACUCCAAGAACUGAAAAGAGCUUUAGGAAAUUUGUGUUGGUGCAGUAAAUCUUGUCCAAAGUUUGUAUACAAAAAUAUCUUUAAAUUGUAAUGUAGUAAAGGUCUGCUUCCAGAGGGAAAAUCUUCCCUUAUCUUUGGAGUGUUCUUUAUAUUUUUUGUUCAAUAUAUAUAUGAGCGCUCCUUGUUCAUUUUUACAUUUUAUUGGGCGAGGUUACCAGUUACCGUUCGAUUCUGAAACAGUUUGUUGUAAUGAAAUGAUAAUGUUAAAUAGACAAUCAGAAAACAGUUCAUUUUCAAAAGGACAUUUUAUCAUUCUUAAUGUUUGUAUAUAGCUUCUGUUCUUGUUUUGUUGGUUUUUAUUUUGUUUUUUAUGUUGUACUUAACUGGCAAACUGUUCUGGGAAUAAACUUCUGGAGAUAUUA